AUGCACACUCACAACCCCAUGGUAGUUUUCAUUCUGGAAACCAAGAUCUCUGGUCAAACAGCAGCCAAUGUUGCUACCUCACUUGGAUUCGACAAUGUCCAUAUUGUGGACUCUAAAGGUCUGGCUGGAGGCAUGUGGUACUUAUCAAAUUCCAAUGAGGUCAAGGUGGAUAUCAUGCCCCAUGGAGACCAAGCCAUCCAUGCCAUGAUUGAGGAACGCAAUAAUCCUACCUUUAAUUUUUUGUGGUUUAUUACGGGCAUUUAUGGUAGCCCCAUUUUACAGAAAAGAAAACUGCUUUGGAAUGAGCUUAGACAUGUUAGUGAAUCUGUUAAUGGUCCUUGGACUACAAUGGGAGACUUUAAUGAUAUCCUUAGCUCUGAUGAAAAAUUUGGUGGUAGACCCCCAAAUAGUUAUAGAACCAAACUUUAUAAAGACUGCAUGGAUGAUUGUGGGAUGAUCGAUCUUGGUUUUUCUGGUCCAAAAUUUACUUGGGUUAGUUACCAUUAUGAUGGUGUGCUCAUUAGAGAGAGACUUGAUAGAAUUUGGGUUAAUGCUAGUUGGUGCUCUAGAUUUCCUUCUGCUAGUGUUCAACAUCUCGUCCGUGUUCAUUCCGAUCACAAUCCUUUGCUUCUCCAUCUUAUAGUUGAACCCAUCAACCUUUCUAACUGCCCCUUUCGUUUCGAGUGGUGUUGGUUUAAUCACCUGGACUUCCUUCAGUUUGUCCAUAAUACCUGGAAUGAUAGUAACCUUGGUCUCUCAGACAGAAUUAAAGUUUUUGUUGUUGCUGUCAAACACUGGAACUCUUUAGUUUUUGGUAAUGUGUUUAUCAAGAAGAGAAAACUGGUUGUUAGACUCAAUGGUAUUCAAAAAGCCCUCUAUUCUCACCAUAGUGACUCUCUUAUCAAGCUUGAAAAACACCUCUUCACCACUUCUCUCUACUCCUCUGAUCUUGGGAACUCCCUCACUGCCAACAGAAGGAUCACCAUUAGCGAUGAGCUGCACUCAGAUCUCCGUAAAAUCUCUUCUCGUGGUGAAGUUCAUAAAGCCCUUUUCUCAAUGAAGCCUCGUAAAUCUCCCGGCCCCGAUGGUUUACACCUUGGCUUCUUCCAAAAAUGCGGGAAAUCUGUUGCUCCUUCUUUUUGGAAUGACAUCUUUAAAGCUUUCUCCGACAAAGCUAUACCCACUGAUUGGAGUGAGAGUCUGAUUGCUUUGAUUCCCAAAACCUUGAAUCCUGAAACUAUCACUCAAUUCAGGCCAAUUGAGCUAUGUAACACCUCUUACAAACUUGUUACAAAGAUCCUGGUGAAUAGAAUUCGAUCACUUCUUCAAGAUCUCAUCAGUCUGAACCAAGCCAGCUUUAUACCUAGGAGAAAGGGCACUGACAAUGUCAUUCUUGUUCAAGAAAUGGUUCCUUCCUUCUCCAAGCAAAGUGGAAAAAUAGCUGGUUACUACAUGCAAGUUGUUGCUCUUCCUGUGUCUACUCUUAAUGAAAUCGACAGAGCUUCUAGGAACUUUCUCUGGGGUAGUAGCAUUGAGCAUAGGAAACUCCACCUUUUUAACUGGGAUAUUGAUGCGCCCAAGGCUUAUCAUGGAAGGAAUGAUACGCCAAGGACUUAUCAUGGACUUGAAGACAAGCAUGGAGAGCAUGGAAAGGAUGUGCAAGGGCUGCAAGGAAACAUGAAGAUGCAUGGAGACCAUAGAGAUAUCGAUAAUCAUGUUCCAAGCACUAAAAAGAUGCCAUUCGAUCCAUUGAAGAUGCCUAUUGGCCCGAUGACUAGAACAAGAGCUAAGAGAUUCAAGGAUGCACUCAUGGGCCUUGUUCGAACUCAUCUUGAAGACUUGAAGACCAUUGAAGUUCAUUUGAAGAGCUUUGAUGAUGAUUUGAGCAAGAAAACACCAACAAAUUACAAGUUCAUCACUUUGCUUGCUAUUGAUUCUAGAUGA